AUGGCUUCCGAACCCCCUCCCCGGAUUGGCUAUGCCUGUCAGGUCACAGCAGAUUGGGAUCCAGAGGCUCUUAAGGCGACACUUCCAACAGGGCUCAAUGAUCCCCUCAAAGUACAGAGAGGUGACUUCGUCUGGGUCUUCCAGACGAAUCAAGACUAUGGCUAUACUGAAUUGGCUCGUGGUCACAAAGAGGAGAAAGGUUGGGUCCCUCUUCGCAUUCUGAAGAAGGGAGUGAAACGCGUUGAUCCCCUUAUAAUCGAAAUCCCAGCACAGGUUCGCAGCUUUCGACCAGUCGGAUCCCAGGCAAGUCAGAGUACUCAAAGUGCUCAGAGCGGUGAUUCUUCUGCAACUGUGCUCCAAGCGACUCUUCGGGAGCUUUGGCACCAAACCAAGAGCCAGGAGACGGUGAUCAAAGAAGUCAUCCCGGGAAUGUCGGACGCAAGUCGUGCGAUAUUAUUCCACCCGAGUGCAGCAAGAUACGCCGAUAUCAUUCACGAUUGUAUUGUCCCUCAGGCCCGCGCAAUCAUGGCAAAUGGCAAUUUCAGCGUCGAACAACUCAGGACCCUGACAAGCAUUUCGGAUGGCUAUCCUAAGCACCCCGGUAUUUACCUUAUCAUCUACGACGACUUUGGCGGUCGUAAUAGUGGAAACAUUGUUUACCAGACGGCUAUUUAUAUCGGCCAGACCAUCAAUUUUCAGCAGCGUCUUAAAGCGCAUAACAGGAACCGGGAGUCGAGGACCCAGUCCACACAUUACAGUCUUGCCUCGAAGGCCAAGCAGAUGAGAAUGAUGCCGCUCUUGCUCCAGACUGCUCGUACUGUUCCCGAUCAUUUUCUCGACAUUGCUGAGUUUUCCUUCGUCUGUCUCUUUCGAACCUGGUAUGCAACACUUUUCAGGCCCAGAGAUCUGGAUUCUUUCGGAGCUUACCAUACCGACUACGACGGAUGUGCGGCUUUCUCCCGCCUGAUGAGAGACGUAUCUACCAAGACUGGCUGGAAUCCAGGUCGCACUUAUGGCCUGAAUUGGAAUACCCCCAUUCUUAGGAAUCUCCAGGUUGAGCAAAAGUGGACUUCAUGGUAUGAUGAAGUUUCUGGUGUCCAUGUUUAUCGCACCCGACGUAACAUGCUUAUCUCUAAAGGCAAGGCCGAGAUCCGCUGGCACACGGGUGAAACGAUCUCACUCCCUUUGGAGGUCUCCCAGGAUGCCGGUUUCAAACAUGGACAGCCAGUCCACCUUGUCGCUGAAGUGCGCAAACGUGGCGACGAGUACCUUACUCACCCUUUCCGCUUCUGUCGAUUUCCCCCUAAGAUUGGUCGCAACCCAGAGCUUGAGAAACUCAGGUCCUUCGCCGUCAAAAUACAGUGGCUUCCUGAAGGAGAAACCAAAUGGAAACAGUACUAUAUCGAAAGAUCUGUUUUGUGGCAGGCCAUGGGCAAGACUGACCCAGUGUUAAGCAUCUAUCGAAUAGGGCUCAUGAUGCUUAACAGUGUUGAAAAGAUCAGUUACUCUGGUGGCCCCGACUGGCUGCCUCACGUCUCGCCAAUCGGAAUCCAAUAUUUGCGGUACUUUCAUCUUGAGCAGAAGUUGGUACUUGAGAUGGUCCAGCCACGGGUUAUUCCUUGGCCACAAGACAAUACCAUGGAUCGCAAUAAGCAGAGACUGCUCGAGCUGUUCCCACCUCAGUCAAGCCCCAAUACUAUCAUUGGGCCCCGGCCCUCAAAGGGAUAUUUUGCAAGAUUCCGACAGGCGUGCGACAUGUGUCUUUCACAACGGACAACUACCAAGUGCAAUUACAGCCCCGAUGACGAGUCGUGCCAAUGCUGUAGGCCCCUGAACCGUCCCUGCACCUGGUCCAGAGCCACAAAUGUCAUGGACCUUUUUGUCCAUGGCAAAGUCCUCGAGGAGCUUGGUAUUGCUGUGAACGUUUCCAGAGAGACUCAGUCGAUGAUCAAGCGAAUGAAAGAGGCUCCUAUUGACCCAUCUAUCGAGGCGAAUGACCAUGGAAGUUUACCGUCUAACUAA